UCAAGAAGAACUUUUGCCGCGCGACGCCGCCGAUGAAUACUAGUUGCGAACUCGAGUCCUAUGUGUGGCCUCGUGGCGACUGCUCGCUCCCGGAGCAUGGCAAGUUUGCGAGCCAGCAGGAUGUCCCGACCAUUGAUCUGGCUGGUGGAUCCAAAGCCAAGGUUGAUGAGAUUGGCAGAGCGUGCAGGCAGAGUGGAUUCUUCCAGGUCGUCAAUCACGGUGUGGAUCACGAGCUUGUAAACCAGGUGCAUGCGAGUGCUCGCCAGUUCUUCGAAUUCCCCAGCGACACCAAGUUACGAGCGGCUCGCUCCGCCGGGAACAGCUUUGGAUUCGCCGGCAAGUUUGCUGGGAGGUUCAAAUCCAAGUGCCCCUGGAAGGAAACAUUCUCGCUUCAGUACACGCCGAACUCAAACAUCAAGGACUACAUGAUCAAAGUUUACACCGCGGAACAGCAUGAGCAGCAUUGUGCUCGCUACGAGACUUACUGCAAGGCAAUGGAGAAGCUGGGACGAGAGCUGAUUGAGCUGAUUGCGCAGAGCUUGGAGCUGGCUCCCGAUGCUUUGAACAGCUACUUCGACGAUGGCUUCUCCAUCUUCCGGAUGAACAUGUACCCGCCGUCGGAGCACUUCCCGCGGCUGCUGGGGACGGGGCCUCACACCGACCCGUGCGCAUUAACAAUUCUCCACCAGGAUGAAGUUGGAGGACUGCAAGUGUACAACAGGGACGAGACUUGGGUCACAGUCGAGCCCCGUGCCGAUGCGUUUGUCAUCAGCAUCGGUGACACAUUCCAGGCACUGUGCAACCAUCGCUACAAGAGUGCCAAGCACCGCGCAGUGAUCCAUGCCACCCGAGCCAGGCACUCGCUGGUUUUCUUCAUCAACCCGGGGCUGGACACGGUGAUCCGGCCGAUUCCGGAGCUGGUGGUCAAGAGCAAAGUAGACGAAGAGCAAGAUCGCGAGAGGCCGUGCGUGGAGUUUAAUUGGGGGCAGCUGCUAGAAUUCACGCAGAAGCACUAUAGAACCGAUGUCCACACGCUGGACGCGUUUGAGAGCUACUUGAGGAAAACGAGCCAAGCAGCGUGAGGACGGACAGGGAAGAACGAAUGUAAAUUUGCCAAAGAUCAUCGAGCAGAGGAGGACACAAAGUCACUGUUUUUUGUGAAUAUAGUAUACAUCAUCAAAGGUGGAUUGAUAUUUUUAUAUAUAUAUAUAUAUACAUAUAAUAUUCA